UAUUAUUACACAAAAUAUGUGGGGGCAACUUUGGCUAAAAAAAUCUAAAAAAUGCUUAUAUCAAUUUCUAUGGAAACAUCCCCUUCCUGGUAAUGAAAAUACUGUUGGCACAGAUCAUGGAGCAGAAACUGUCUAUUUCCUUAAUACAGUUUCUAAAAAAUUCGGUGAAAAGGAAAUUCAAUUAGCUGACAAAAUGUCUUCCUAUAUUGCUAAUUUUGUUAAGAAAUAUGAUCCUAAUGGUGGACAGUUGCCAAAAUGGCCACCACAAGAUGGCAAAAAUAAUAUUGUAAUGAGUCUGGGCGAUUCUUUUGGGGAAAUUCCUUUAGCAGCUAAUAAUUUGGACAAGAAGAUCGAUUUAAUUAAAAGAAAUUUUGCAUUAAAAAACAUUUUAUAA